AUGCCACCAUUCUGUUAAGAGCUAGGAACAUACCAGGUAGAACAACAACAAACAUGUCAACCCUUUUGAUGUUCUUCUACUGUUUCACUGGCCUCUCUCUUGUUUUUGCUCAGGCUCAGGGAGGUCAAACCGUGCCGAAAGAGGAAUUAUCCACCUUACUAUCAAUCAAAGCUAGUCUUGUUUAUCCAAUGGAUGGCCUCAAAGAUUGGAAAAUUCCAAGCAAUGUGGUUCAGGAAGGUUCACCCCAUUGUAACUGGACUGGAGUUAUGUGUAACUCCAGAGGCUUUAUAGAGAAGCUGGACAUCUCCAACAUGAACCUCAGCGGCCAUUUAUCCGAUCACAUUCAAGGCUUACGCAGCCUUUCUACUCUCAACAUUUCUUGUAAUGGUUUUGCAUCAUCGUUGCCAAAAUCGCUAUCCAAUCUUACCUCACUGAAUACCAUUGAUGUGAGUCAAAACUACUUUGUUGGUGAUUUUCCAACUGGUCUUGGAAGGGCUUCAGGACUGACUUCAGUUAAUGCAUCAAGCAAUAACUUCUCAGGCUUUCUCCCAGAGGAUCUUGGACAUGCCACAUCCCUCGAAAGCCUAGAUUUCAGAGGGAGCUUCUUCGAAGGUUCAAUCCCCGCAUCUUACAAGAAGCUGCAGAAGCUAAAGUUUCUUGGCCUUUCUGGCAACAAUCUCACUGGAAACCUUCCAAGAGAACUUGGCCAGCUUUCCUCUUUAGAGACUAUUAUUCUCGGAUACAAUGCGUUUGAAGGUGAAAUUCCAGCAGAGUUUGGCAAUCUUACCAAUCUUCAGUAUCUUGACUUGGCAGUUGGCAAUCUCAGUGGUCAAAUCCCACCUGAAUUGGGUAGGCUACAAAAACUUACCACAGUUUAUUUGUACAAAAACAAUUUUGCAGGAAAAAUUCCAUCAGACUUUGGUAACAUUACAUCACUGGUGUUUUUGGAUCUCUCUGAUAAUCAGAUUUCAGGAGAGAUUCCAGCAGAGCUUGCACAGUUGAUGAAUUUGCAGCUUUUGAACUUAAUGUGCAAUAGACUAACUGGUUCAGUUCCUAACAAGCUUGGCGAGUUACCCAACUUAGAGGUACUUGAGCUAUGGAAGAAUUCUUUGACAGGUCCUUUGCCAGUGAACCUUGGAAAGAAUUCCCCAUUGCAGUGGUUAGAUGUGUCAUCAAAUUCAUUAUCAGGUGAUAUCCCACCAGGUUUGUGUAGUUCUGGCAAUCUCACAAAACUCAUCCUCUUCAACAAUUCCUUUUCUGGUCCAAUUCCAGUAGGUCUUUCAACUUGUUUGUCACUGGUUCGUGUUCGUAUGCAAAACAAUCUUAUUUCAGGAACCAUGCCAGUUGGUCUGGGAAAUCUUCCUAUUCUUCAAAGGCUAGAAUUGGCUAAAAACAAUCUUACUGGUCAAAUUCCCGUGGACAUUGCUUUGUCUGCAUCUCUUUCCUUCAUUGAUGUCUCUUGGAACCACCUUGAAUCAUCUCUUCCUUCUAGCAUUCUUUCCCUUCCAAAUCUUCAAACUUUCAUGGCUUCCAAUAACAACUUGGAAGGCAAACUCCCAGACCAGUUCCAAGAUUGCCCGCUGUCAGUGCUCGAUAUUUCAAACAACCACAUCUCUGGAAAAAUUCCAAAGAGCAUAGCUUCUUGUGAGAAGCUGGUAAAUCUGAACCUUAGAAAUAACCAGUUCAAUGGGGAAAUCCCUAGACCAAUAGCAACAAUGCGUACAUUAUCCAUUCUUGAUCUGUCCAACAAUUCUUUGGUUGGUAAAAUCCCUGAAAGAUUUGGAAGUUCACCAGCCUUGGAGAUGCUUAAUUUGUCUUACAACAGACUUGAGGGUCCAGUACCAGCAUAUGGUAUGUUAAUGACCAUCAAUCCUAACGAUCUGAUGGGCAAUGCUGGUCUUUGUGGAGGCAUACUUCCACCAUGCCCUCAAAGCUUAGCCGCAACAGCAGGUCCGCAUCGAAACAUGCACAUCAAGCACAUCAUCACUGGAUUCAUCAUUGGAAUCUCAGUACUUUCAUGUCUUGGCGUUGCAUUUUUCGCUGGGAUAUGGGUGUAUAGGAAGUGGUACUCGUAUAACAGCUUUAACAACUGGUUUAAGACUACCAAUCAAGAAUGGCCUUGGAGGCUAGUAGCAUUUCAGAGAAUUAACUUCACAAGUGCUGACAUUCUUGCUUGCAUACAAGAAUCAAAUAUCAUUGGCAUGGGCGGGAGUGGGGUGGUUUAUAAGGCUGAAAUCCAUCGGCCACAUUCAGUUGUGGCAGUCAAGAAGCUAUGGAGGCCAGGGACAGACAUUGAGAAUGGGGAUGAUCUAUUUGGUGAAGUGAAUCUCUUGGGCAGGCUCCGGCACAGGAACAUUGUACGGUUACUAGGGUACCUUCAUAACGAAACCGAUGUGGUGAUGAUAUAUGAGUUCAUGCCAAAUGGGAACCUCGGGACUGCAUUGCAUGGAAACCAAGCAGGAAAGUUGUUGGUAGACUGGGUUUCAAGAUACAAUAUAGCAGUGGGUGUUGCACAAGGUCUGAAUUAUCUCCACCAUGACUGUCAGCCACCAGUCGUCCACCGAGAUAUCAAAUCGAACAACAUUCUGUUGGAUACAAACCUUGACGCCAGAGUAGCAGAUUUUGGGUUAGCGAGGAUGAUGAUGCACAAGAAUGAGACUGUUUCAAUGGUGGCUGGGUCUUACGGAUAUAUUGCUCCUGAAUACGGAUACGCCUUAAAGGUUGAUGAGAAGACUGACAUCUAUAGCUAUGGUGUAGUUCUUUUAGAGCUUAUAACUGGAAAGAUGCCUUUAGACCCUACGUUCGGGGAAGCUGUGGACAUCGUGGAAUGGGUUCGAAGGAAGAUGAGAAACAAGAAAGCCUUGGAAGAAGCACUGGAUGCUAGCAUAGCUGGUCAAUGCAAGCAUGUCCAGGAAGAAAUGCUUCUUGUCCUCCGAAUCGCACUUCUUUGUACUGCAAAACUCCCCAAAGACAGGCCAUCCAUGAGAGAUAUCUUAACAAUGCUUGGAGAGGCAAAACCAAGGAGGAAAAGCAUUUGUGAGAGCAGGGGCCAAAAAACUGGUAAAGAGAAGCCUAUCUUUAGCACCUCACCGGUCAUGGGGCUUCUGUAGGGAUUUGUUCUCCAGGCUGUUUCUACAAGUAUCAUUUUCUUUCAUGUAAAUGCAUUUUCUCUUUUCUUUGUACUUAAAUUUAUACCACGCAUUCAUAGCAGGAUAUGCCAUUGAAUGUUCAUUAAAAAACACUUACAUUAAUUUAAAUUGAAAAUUCUUUUUACCCCGCCAA